GACAGAAAAUUGGUCUAUCUUCUGUAAAAUAUUUAUUGGAUAUGUAUCCAGUAAACUUACUGUAUAUGUAACAUCGCUAAUUUCCUGUUCCGUUCUCGUGUGUAAAUUCCUGUCUCGUUCUCGUCAGGUUCUUUUCUCAUUCACGUGAUCAUUAAAUCAGUUUUUCUGUCCAAGUUUCUGUUGUGUUUCUGUCUUUCUUUAGAAGUAUUCUGUUUUCAAAAACAACAAAAGUAUUGACAGUAAGAAAAAACUAGGUUUCAGAAUAUUGGGAUUUCUAGAUAGGAUUUUGAUUGUUUAUAGUUUCCAAGUAAGAUUAUCGCAAGCGCGUGUUUUAAUUAUUUGUAUACUACUUACUAGUAGUAAUACUUGUUUUUUCAAUUAAGAGAAACAAUAAGUCAUUUAUAUACUUAAACUAAAGGUUUUACAGAGACUGUUCAUUCUAGUAGACAAUGGAGGGAGCUCAAUUUAUCGAUGUUCGUAGUGACACUGUAACAAAGCCAACUCCUGAAAUGAGAAAAGCAAUGUUUGAAGCAGAAGUCGGUGAUGAUGUUUUCAGAGAAGAUCCAACUGUUUUAGAACUUGAAAGACAGGGGGCCACACUGUUUGGCAAGGAAUCAGCACUUUUUGUGCCUACGGGAACCAUGGGAAACCUGGUGUCAAUAAUGGCUCAUUGCAUGGGACGAGGCCAGGAAAUAUUAGUAGGUGACGAAUCUCAUAUUAACAUAUAUGAACAAGGUGGUGCAGCUCAACUUGCAGGUGUCCACACACGUACCUUGAGAACUUAUCCUGAUGGAACAUUUGAUAUUGAGGAACUAGUCCGUAAAAUACGCCCAACCGAUGACAUACAUCAACCAACAACAGCACUUAUUUGCUUGGAAAAUACACAUAAUCGAUGUGGCGGCGCUGUCCUUCCGGUAAAGUUUGUUAAAAAGGUUGGCCAAAUCGCACAAGAACACAACAUCCCUGUCCAUAUGGAUGGAGCAAGGAUCAUGAACGCAGCUACAAAACUUGGAGUUCCAGCCGCAUCCAUUCUAGAAGACUGUGCAUCUGUUUCUGCCUGCUUGUCGAAGGGUCUAGGUGCACCAGCAGGAACAUUGGUCGCAGGAUCCUCCGAGUUUAUAUCCAGGGUUCUCCGAUGCAGAAAAGCCUUAGGUGGGGGAAUGAGACAGGUUGGGGUCCUUGCUGCAGCGGGUUUGGUGGCAAUAAACACUAUGGUCAAUCGACUAGCCGACGACCACAAGCAUGCACAGCUGGUGGCUAAAGCAAUUAAUGAUCGUAAAAGUGAAAACAUCAGUGUUGACAAGGACAAAGUACAAACCAACAUUAUUCUCAUUAAUGUAAACCCAAAAGUUAUUUCACCUCAGAUGUUUGCUCAACGACUAAAACAGGUGAGGUUUAUGGAAGAUGUUUCACGAACCAGGAGUUCUCAGAAAUAUAAAACUCACCUUCAUCUCACUCCUGGCAGAAUAGAUGUGGUUAAAAAAAUAGUAUAUUGACCGCCAUCCAUCGAGAAUGCAGCCACCAAAUAAGCAAAUCAGAAAAAGGCCCAAAUAGUCACUACUAAGUCUACUUAUUACUUCUUUACACUCAUUACACCAUCAGAAAGAAAAAGAAUCAUAGAAUCUAAGAAGAUGGGAAAAGUAUUCAAGAGAUCCCUAUUCCCAAGUAUUUGAUAUGUGUGCCUGUACUUGAUGCUGAAUUGAAAAGGGUGAAUGUUAAUAUUAUUAUGAACAUGUAUUUAAAGGCAUGGAUGGGCUAGUUAACCAUUAGUUGAGGAGAUCAGGGAGCUCAUUGUUUCACUUACAAUGGGUUCAAGCAGCUAAUUAGAUUGUAAGGGGAUGCAUAUUUCUGCCAUGGUGUGGGAGUGGUGACUAGAGAUGGGAAUUACUUUGAUAAUUGUUUCUAUAUGAUGUUUUUCUGUAGAAUGAAGAUGCUAAUUUUAUGGUACUUUCCUUAACUGUAGGUUUCCUACUGAUUGGGUUUAAGUAUUGGUUUGGAGUGUAGAUUGUUAGAUGGUAAGCUGUACUGAUGGCUCCGUUUUGAUGACUUUGUAACUUUCUGUACAUAUUAUUUGUCAUACAAGUUGUUACACAGUCACAUUAUUGAAGAGGCCCUGAUACAGGCUUAGUAAAGUAGCAUGAUAAACUGACUGUUUCAACUGUUGAUACUCCCACGAUUCUUUUUAAAUAAGUAAUUCUAUAACAAAAACUUUUUGUGAGACUGAAUUGAAGUGAUAUGUGCAUGUGACUGUUAUUGAAAGUGAUUUCUAGGAAUGUAACUGGUAUCGUAGCAUAACUUUAACUCUGUUAUGGAUAAUUUAUUCCAUCUUUUAUUGAUACUCUUGUCGAAAGUGAUUGCGUGUGUGUGUGUGUGUGUGUGUAUUAAUAACCACUCGCCAUGAAUAUCACCAGUUGACAACAUCAUUGAGAGAUACUUGAACUCAUGCAGGUAUAAUCAGAUGAGCACUUGACGUGCUCCAUGUAGCUACGUCAUCAGCAUACUGAGACGUGACAGUUAAUAGUACAGUGGAUAUCUUUAAUAAAAAUAACAUAAAGUUGUGGGCUGAGAAUCAAUCUUUGAGGUGCAAAUGCUUCAAGUAGGGAAGAAUUUAGUUAUUUCAUUUUUAAUUCUUCUGAUGCCAGUGAUCGUGAGGACAUACUUAUGUAUAGCAUCCUUAUCUAGAUCAUACGUACGUGUGUAUCGUAAAAGUCUGUCAACAGCGGUCUCUAAAAUUUCCCAGUUAGUUUUGGUAAAAUUAAAAACUGGGUUUAGCUGAAGAUUACUGAUACAGUCUCUACUGUCUCAGAAGAGGGUAAUUAAAAUAAGGUUGUAAUUCCCUUCUAUAUUGUUGUGAACUUUGAAAAUGAAAUAUUAAAAAAUCCCCAAGACCUGAAAAAUAUGUCACAAAAAUACUGGACCCCCCCUGCAGACUGAUGGUGGCACUGCUGUUGUAAUGGAACUAUUAGCUUGUGUGGUUUUCAUUUUAAUGUUAACCAUUUGUUUGAAUGAUGAACAAAAGAUGAAGCUGUGUGAGGGCUGCUUAAGUAGAUAUUGACUUCCACAUCUGACACGUAUUGUCUUGGCAGUACAUGCUGCUAGAGUAUGGCUCAACUUCUGAGUUAUAGCAGCAAGCUUGGAUGCUUCCAUGGUGCAGUACAUACAUCAUAGUGUUACUCCGUUAUGAAUAAGUAAGUCAGUUGUCUUUGUAUUGGUAACUGUAAUUCUGACAAGUGAAGUUGAUUCGCCAGUCUUGAAUGACUUAAUAAUCCUUUCACUUUUAAUUAUGGAAAUGUUCGGGGUUACAAGUUCCUUCUGGAUCUGUUUGGUUGGGACAUCUUGUGGUACUCUCCUGAUUACUAUGAUUUUCUUUGGCUGUGUUUUGCCAGGGACACGAACAGCAAUCUUGGUGCCUACGAAUUCAUUUGAAGGUCGUGGCUUAAAUAAAAUUGAAUAAUGCUGAUGAUGACAAUGUUUGGUGCAUACUUCUUUCUUUGAUAGUCUUUUGAGGUGAGAGGAUGUG